AUGAUAAAAACUCAGCUGGAGGAGACCGUACGCUUUAGUGCUCGUGAGAUGAAUGAUUCGCGUGCGAUGAACGAAAGCAACUUCACCAAGCUUACUCAACUUAGCGACAAACUUGAACGGAUGAUCGAAGAGAAAGAGCGGUACGAGGUGGAAAUGUCCAAGUUUGUAGAGGAAAACGAUGUACAAUCUAACAGUAUCAGAAGUAACACCCUCAUUGCAUCAAAAGAUCAAGAGCUGUUUUCUAUGCGCGAAAAACUGGAGAAAGCACGCAUCGAAGAUGAGCCGUAA